UAGGAGGCAGUCCCUUUUUUCUUUCCCUGUUUUUCAGUGAGCUUCGACAUUGCUGAGGACAUCUCUCAUAAAGCUGAGCACGCUUCAGCCAGCAGGAAGAACUGGAAUGACUUACGUUGCAAAGAAGUGUGGCGUCUGCUUUCAGCCUCCAUCCAUUAUCUUGAUCUACACAGAAGCCAGCAAGGAUAAGACUCGCCAGCGGAUCAUGCCUGUCAGGAAUUUCUCCAUGUUCUCAGACUGCAGCAUGGCUGCUGAGCAGCUGAAGAAUAACUCUAGGCACAAGGCUUAUCUAGAAGGAGUCUCACUGUGUCAGCUGCAGAAGCUGUACAGUUUGCUGAAGGGUCAUUUGAGAGGAGAGAGCCUGGCUGAGAGCUUGGAAAAGUUUCAGCAGGAAAAGCCCAUUGACCCAGAAGAGGAUAUGAACAAACUGGAUGACAGGGAGCUAGACAAAAGGAAGAGGAUCAUGGAUGAGCUGUUUGAAAAGAACAGGAAGAAGAAGGAUGACCCAGAUUUCAUCUACAACAUUGAGGUUGAGUUUCCAAAGGAUGAGCACCUGGAAUCCUGUAGCUGGGACAUAGAGUCAGGUGAAGAAAUCUGAUUCUGGACAAAGAUGUGUUGGAUGGACAGCUCAGAGACAAAUCCUGGAGUCCUAACGGACAAUGAUGUCGGCGAACACAGCCACAUUGUUUUCAGCUCAUGCAGCUGAUGCACAUGACACUGGCUGCGGAAAACGCGAAACCUAAGGAGCUACAGCAAUUCCAGUUUUAAGUGAACUUUAAGAAGUCAGACCUGAUGAAAUGGAAAUUGGACAGCUGAACUUACUGUAUGGUUUUAAUCUUUUCCUAUGUAUAAAUGUCCAAAAUAAUUUUCAGUUAUUUAAUCUUCCACUUGUUUAUAUUUCAGUCAGCUUUGGCUGAAAACCUCAUCACCAGCUUGCCUUGCUGUCAUUUCUAUUCUGCAUUGGCUGAAAAUGAAGUGUUAAAUAUUUAUGUCUUGAAAGCAGUGUUAAAGCGUUAUUGUAUAAGUAUGGUAUUUAUUAUUACUUGCUGGAAUGUUAAGUGGGUAUUAGUCUUUCUGGAUAAGUCAACAUUGCAUUCAGAAUAUUA